UUUGGGUCUAUUUAUCGCCUCUGAGUUUUAGCGUUGUGUUUGUUUUUUGUUCUUCCGGGCGUUAUAUAGCAAGGGGGAGAGGCAGUAGAGAGUAAAACGUUGAAGAAAUAUCAGUGAGAAAGAUGAUUGUUCUCUUUUGAUCCCAACGAUUGAACUGUUUUACGUUCAGCGGUAGUUAGAUCUGCUGAAAGCUCUCUUUUCUUCGUCCUCAGAUUUUCUUUCUGAAGAAAAAAACUUCUGAGCCAUGAAGAGAUUAAGGGAUGAUGAUGUUUAUGGUAGCCCUCAGUUUAAGAAGCCAUUUAGCUCUUUACAGGGAGAGUCAUAUGGGCAAUCUCAAGUCCCUGGAUGUGGAGCUGGUGACCAUGGUAGCAAUGGAGGAAUUAGUGGUAGUUUAACCGGUAGUACUCAGAAGCUGACCACCAAUGAUGCAUUAAGUUAUCUGAAGGAAGUUAAAGAUAUGUUUAAAGAUCAAAGGGAUAAGUAUGACAUCUUUCUUGAUGUUAUGAAAGAUUUUAAGGCUCAAAGAAUUGAUACUACAGGUGUCAUUAUGAGGGUGAAGGAUUUAUUUAAAGGACAUCCUAAUUUAAUUCUUGGGUUCAAUACCUUCUUGCCAAAAGGCUAUGAAAUAACCCUUACUGAUGAGGAUGCAGUUCCUCAGAAAAGGACUGUUGAGUUUGAAGAAGCUAUAAGCUUUGUGAACAAGAUAAAGAAGCGUUUCCAAAGUGAUGAUCAUGUGUACAAAUCUUUCUUAGACAUCCUGAACAUGUAUCGAAAAGAACACAAGAGCAUUACUGAGGUGUACCAGGAGGUAGCUUAUCUUUUCGAACAGCACCCAGACUUACUCAAUGGGUUCACUAAUUUUUUACCAAGUACUUCAGUAAAUGCAUCAGCUGCUCAACCUUCUUUUGUCAGGCAGUCUUUUCAACGUUUUGAUGAGAAGAUCUCUGCUAUGCCUAACCUUCGUCCAUCACAUCUAGACAAGCAUCAGCGUCUUCGGAGGGAACGGAUCUCCAUGCAUCAUGGACAGCAUGAUCAUAGUGUCGAGCGAAUUGAUGUAGAAGAUAAAUCUAUGCUGAAGAUGCACAAAGAGCAAAUGAGGCAUUCCGAAAAGGAAAAUAUGGAAAUGAGGAAUUGUGAUAAUGAGUGUAAAGAACCUAAGAGCGCUAACAGUGGAGAUAUAAGCAUUCAUUGUCAUCCAGAGAAAAGAAAAUCUCUUCAGAAUGAUGAAGAAUUGGGAGGGAGCAUGGCAUCUUAUGAUGACAAAGAUGCCUUGAGAAGCAUGUAUAGCCAGGAAUUUACUUUCUGUGAAAAGGUGAAGGAAAGGCUGUGCAGUUCUAAGGAAUACAAUGCAUUCUUACACUGUCUCAAUAUUUACAGCACAGAAAUAAUUACAAGAGAUGAACUACAAAGUUUGGUUACUGAUUUACUUGGAAAACAUCCAGAUCUCAUGCAGGGAUUCAAUGAAUUUUUAGAGCGUUGUGAGAAAGUUGAUGGCCUUCUGGUUGGUGUCAUGAACAGAAGUUCUCUGUGGACUGAAGGAAAUGCUCUAAAACCAGUGAGCUCGGAGGAUAAAGACAAAGAACACAUGCAUGUAAUAGAUGGUAGCGAGAAGGAGGACCAAUUCAAGGAAAAGUACUGGGGAAAGUCAAUUCAAGAGCUUGACCUUUCUGACUGCCAACGUUGCACUCCUAGCUAUCGGCUACUUCCGGAAGAUUAUCCAAUACCUACUGCGAGCCAGCGAUGUGAUCUUGGAGCUCAUGUCUUAAAUGAUCAUUGGGUGUCCGUGACGUCCGGAAGUGAGGACUACUCUUUCAAGCACAUGCGCAAGAAUCAGUAUGAAGAAAGCUUGUUUAGAUGUGAAGAUGACAGAUUUGAGCUAGAUAUGUUGCUUGAGUCUGUAAGUUCAACUGCUAAGCGUACAGAAGAAUUGCUCAAUGGUAUUAAUGAUAGUAAAAUUGGUUCAGAUGGUCCGAUUCGUAUUGAGGAUCACUUUACAGCAUUGAACUUAAGAUGCAUUGAGCGUCUCUAUGGGGAUCAUGGCCUGGAUGUGAUGGACAUUUUGCAUAAAAAUCCACCACUUGCAUUACCUAUUAUAUUGACCCGUUUAAAGCAGAAACUAGAGGAGUGGACCAAGUGUCGUUCAGAUUUCAACAAAGUUUGGGCUGAUAUCUAUGCGAAGAACCAUUACAAAUCGCUUGACCAUCGUAGCUUCUAUUUCAAGCAACAGGACUCAAAGAACUUGAGUACAAAAUCGCUCUUGGCGGAAAUAAAGGAGAUGAAGGAGAAAAAGCAGAAAGAUAAUGAUCUUCUUCUUUCUAUAGCAGCUGGCAAUAAACAUCCCAUAAUCCCAAACCUUGAAUAUGAAUAUGUUGAUCUUGAAAUCCAUGAAGACAUAUAUAAACUUAUAAAGUAUUCUUGCGAAGAGAUUUGCUCGACAAAGGACCACUUAAGUAAAGUAAUGAAGCUCUGGACUACAUUCCUUGAGCCAAUGCUGGGAGUUCCAUCUCGUUUUGAUGGUUCAGCAGCCGUCAAAGAAGAUGUCUCCUCAAAGCAUUGUGUUAUAAAGUGUAAUAAAACAAACAUUGGUGAAAGUGAUGGAACUCUUAAUGCUGCUGCAAGAGCACAGGAUUCCAAGCAAUCAAAAGUUGUCUGCACUGGAAAUGCAAUUACAUCUCCCCAACAUUUGACUUUCCAAAAAGCUAGCUUGCGAAACCCAGAUGUUUCAGCUAAAGACAGAUUAACAGCAACUAGUGAACACAUAACUAAUUCUGGUGGAGGAAUGAAUAUGAAUACGUCAGCUCAUAGUACUGGUCCUUGUUAUGGUACUGUUGAGGAUUGCAAGGGAACCAAGUCUAAAAUUGAUGGCAUUCCAGCAUCAGAGGGAGGUAAUAGUCCACGUACUACUGCUAAAACAAAAGGAAGAUUUGCUGAAGGUUUUAGAGUUGAUGCAGAUUCUCUUUCUCCUUCAAAAAUUGAGAGAGAAGAGGGUGAGCUUUCACCUAAUGGUGAUCAUGAAGAGGACAUUUUUGUUCAUAGAGAUGUCGCUUUACGUGGGCGUGUGAGCAGGCCAUACCAUACUGUAGCUAUCAAAGAUACUUGUCAGAGUGCUGCAUGUGAUAAUGAUGCAGAUGCUGGUGAUGGUAGUGAAAAUGCUUCCAUGGACGGUGAUGACGUUUCAGGUAGUGAGUUUGCUACAGAAGAGUGUUGUAGAGAAGAACAAAUGGAUGAUGACCAUGGAGAACGAAAUGAGGGUGACCUUAAAGCUGAGAGUGAAGGUGAAGCUGCAGGUGUGAGUAAAGCAAACACAGUUGUGGGAGAUGGCUCAUUGUUGCUAAUGUCUGAACAUUUCCGGGUUAUUUCUAAGCCUCUAACUAAGAGUGUGGUGUCAUCAUUGUAUGGAGAUGAGCAGAUAUAUCCACGUGUAUUUUAUGGAAAUGACAACUUCUAUGUGCUUUUUCGGCUUCACCAAAUCUUGUAUGAAAGGCUACUGUCUGCAAAGCUGAAUUCGGCAUCCUCUGAAUCAAAAUGGAGAAUAGGAAAUGAUAACAGUUCUGAUCCCUAUGCCAGGUUCAUGAGUUCAUUGUACAGUUUGCUUGAUGGGUCUGUUGAUAAUGCAAAGUUUGAGGAUGAUUGUCGGUCAAUAAUUGGGAACCAGUCUUAUGUGCUUUUUACACUAGACAAAUUGAUAUACAAGGUGGUCAAACAGCUACAAGCUGUUUCAAGUGACGAGCUGGACAGUAAGCUUCUUCAGUUGUACGAGUAUGAAAGAUGUAGAAAACCUGAUAUGUAUGUUGACUCCGUCUACUAUGAAAACAUUCAUGUUCUCCUUCAUGAGGAGAACAUUUACCGUGUUGAAUGUAGAUCCUGCCCAACAAGCUUGUCCAUCCAAUUGGUGGAUGAUGUAAAUGAUAAGUCUGAUGUUGUUGCUGUAACUAUAGAUCCUAAUUUUGCGUGUUAUCUCCACAAUGAUUAUCUUGCACUGGAACUUGGGACAAGGGAGCCGUCUACAAUUAUGCUUAAGAGAAACAAAAGAAAGUACGCCAACCUUGAUGAAUCUUCUGCUCAUUGCAUGGCUAAGGAAAAUGUUUACAGUUUAAAUGGUCUGGAGUGCAAGAUGACAUCACAUUCAUCCAAGAUAUCCUAUGUAUUUGAUACAGAAGACUUCUUUUUCCGUAUGAGGAAUAAAGGAAAGACAUUAAUUCGGAGACCAUCAUACCAUGACCAAGCUAGAGUAGAUCGGUUCCACCGUCUUCUAACAUCUUCUCUAAGGCUGUAAAAAAUCACGACGGCAGUACAUACAAUCAUUCCUUCACAUAUACACCUUUCGUUAACAUAUGGUUCGUGUUUCAUGGAUCUUGUCCCCUGCUUUGCAACACCUUUGUCUAUAAAUGCACAAAGCUCUUGUCAACAAGCCCAGGUUUCGGUUUUGAUAGAUAGUCCAAGAUAACCCACAGGAUUUGCCGUCUUGAGUUUACUUCAGACAGGACAAAAGUUGAUCAGGGAGCCAAGUCCUCGCAGUGACCAAACUUCUUUUUAUGGUCACAUAUCGAUUUGCUUUUAACCGAUGUUUUUUUUAAUGUAAAUAUGCUUUGCAGUCUUAUUUGAGGCGCUCAUUUAUCUGUUUUGGAUGUCCAAUAACCUUCACAUUGAGCUCCUACUAUAGCAGCUUCUUCUAGUGCCCCCAAGCUGAAGGAUUCGGUUAAUCCAUACAUUUUUCUGUUUGAGUGAAUGAUCACAAAGUUGAAAGUAGUAAAGCAUAAGUGCUGUUAUUCGUUACAUGGACUUUUGUCAUUUAUAAAAAUAAUUCGUUAAUU